CAGCUGUUAUACCGCCCACCACCCACUCCACCACAACACAUUCAAAUCCAGCAAUAAAGUAACAUCUAGCUGCUAAAAAUUCUUCCACUCAGUUGAGGUGACAGCGUGGACGAUUUAGCAGUCUAGUUUCGGUUGUAUUUCGGGCAGCAAGGUCAAGCAAGGUCUUUUGCACACAGAGAGUGAAAGUAGAGUAAAGUAAACAGAAAUACGAAACAAAAUGUCACAGCUGCUAAGACAGAUAAACGCUCAGUUUGCGGUGCGAUUUUCUCAGGUUGGAGUAUCGCUAAGGGCAACAAACUCAAUUGAGGAUAGACAGCAAAGAAGAUUGCAGCACAACGCAGCGGGCGGUGGCAACCGCGAUUAUGAUCUUGUUGUGGUGGGCGGUGGCAUUGUGGGCGCGGCCUCAGCUCGGGAAAUAUUAUUACGGCAUCCAAAGCUCAAGAUUGCCGUACUGGAGAAGGAACCCAAGCUGGCCAUGCACCAAAGUGGCCACAACUCGGGCGUCAUCCAUGCGGGCAUCUACUACAAGCCGGGCACGCUGAAGGCCCGUCUCUGUGUGGAGGGAAUGCAUCUGGCGUACAAGUACUUGGAUGAACACCAGAUACCCUAUAAGAAGGUCGGCAAAUUGAUUGUCGCCACGAAUGAAAAGGAGGUCGUUCUCCUCAAGGAUUUGGAGCAGCGUGGCAUCCAAAAUAAUGUACCUGAUCUGCGAAUGAUCGAAGGAGAUGAAAUCCAGGAAAUUGAACCCUACUGCCACGGCCUUAAGGCGCUACACAGUCCACACACGGGCAUCGUGGACUGGGGACUCGUGACCCAGCAUUAUGGCGAGGACUUUAAGAGAGCCGGCGGUAACAUUCAUCUCAACUUUAAGGUGACCAAAUUCAGCGAGACUCAGGAUGGAGGCAGUGCCGACUAUCCAGUGACCAUACAUGGUGCUAAGCCCAAUCAGACAGUGCGUACCCGCAAUGUCCUCACCUGUGGUGGCCUUCAAUCCGAUCUGCUGGCCGAGUUGACCGGCUGCCCGCGUGAUCCUCGCAUUGUUCCCUUCCGCGGCGAGUAUCUGCUGCUCUCCAAGGAGAAACAGCACAUGGUGCGUGGCAACAUUUACCCAGUGCCGGAUCCUCGAUUCCCCUUCCUGGGAGUGCAUUUUACGCCCCGCAUGGAUGGCUCCAUCUGGUUGGGACCCAAUGCAGUCCUGGCAAUGAAGCGCGAAGGUUACACUUGGGGCGACAUCAACCUCUUUGAGCUCUUUGAUGCACUGCGCUAUCCCGGAUUCCUAAAGAUGGCUAGCAAAUACAUUGGCUUUGGCUUGAGUGAAAUGUCCAAGUCGGCGUUUAUUAAUCUACAGGUUAAAGAGCUGCAAAAGUACAUACCGGAGAUCACCGAAUAUGACAUUGAACGCGGACCAGCUGGAGUGCGUGCACAGGCGAUGGAUCUCAGUGGUAAUCUGGUGGAUGAUUUUGUCUUUGAUCGCGGCGUGGGCACCGGUGCUCUGGCCAAACGUGUGCUCCAUUGCCGGAAUGCACCAUCGCCAGGUGCGACCAGUAGCUUGGCAAUUGCCAAGAUGAUGGCCGACAAAGUGGAGACGGAGUUCUCAAUUGGCAAGAGCUGUUAGAUUGGACCACACCCGAAUCCCUUAAUUGUCGUUUGCAUUUUUAUAUUUUUAAUAUAAAAUUAUGUAUAUUUGU